AUGUUCAAGAGUGAUUGGAAAUACUCAACGAAUGCUAGACUAUUUGAUGAUGUCGAUUCCCACCUCUUUGAAAACGUCCAUUUCAAGACAGUUAUGAGUUAUAUUUUUGGAGUAUGGCUUUUCACAAUUUUAAAGGUAACCUUUUUCGUAUCUGAUAUCUACACGUGUGUCAAACUACUGGCCUAUAAUUCAUGGUCUGGAGAUGUCAUUAAGCCUUAUCCCUCAUUUCAUAUCUCCAAAUGGAUAUUUGCCGGAUGUAUUUUAGGAUCAAUAUGCCUAUUAAUUUGGGAGGUAGUAUUUGGGAUUAAAAUAUACCGCACGAGGAAUAUUUCAUUGACGUAUGUUAACAAUUUUUCAAGAAAUGCAUAUUCUCUAUCUGAUUAUCCUAAAUUUUGCAUAUUCCACAAGAUAUCCUCUAAGGGUUUCUUCCAGAAAGUAGCUUUUUUCACAUUUUUUGAAAUAAAAGAUUGUAUUAGAUUAUUGUUAACAGAUACGCCAAGACAGGUUAUUAAUGGACUUACUUUAUGGUCGGUUCUUGUUACUGUUCGUGACAAUUCAUACUUGGGAGACUUAGAAUCUCUUAGUGGCCUGCUUAAUAAGAUCAAAGAAAUAGCGAAAUCCAAUCACCAAGAGGCAGUCAUCCUUUCAUUUAUGCUGUUUUCAUUUAUUGUUUGGCUGAUAUUCAUGGCUAAGCUGGCUUUAGCUCUAAUUUGUUCAAUUUAUGUUUAUUUCCGUUUAAUCAAGGAUCGGCGAUAUGCUAGCUUAAGAGAGUAUGUCUGUGUGACAGUUAGCAACCACGUGGAUGACCUGGUUACGAAACGAACAAAGAAUGAAACUGCGACUUACCUCUAUAGAACAAGCUUAUUAGCGCCUUCACAAUCCACCAUGGAGUUAGACACAGAACUUAUCGAGGAUACUAAUGAGUCGUCAAUAGGAAAUUUUUCAUACGCAGCAUAUAGCGACCCCCAAAAGUCUUUUCCCUUAAGACACAUCGAAGGAAAUGAUCUUGAGAAACAAAAUAUUUUGAUCAACCCUAGCGAUUUUGACGACUCUUCUAGUCCAAUCGUCUUAACAUCAGCAAUCAAUCGGGACAAUGACAUACUCUUUAGUUAUGUUGAACGAAGCUCAGUAUAUAAUAGAUCUGACAGUAUUGAAGCACAAAAAGAAUUGCAAGACUCAAAUGUAGAUGAGGGUCAGAAUGCUUGUCCACAUACCCAUAAUGUCAGGAAGUUGGAAACUGGAAAUGAAAUAGAUGAAAUAAUAAAUGUAUACCAAAAUGUUCCAACAUCUAGGGGAUUAGAGAAGACUGCAACCCCCAAACGAAUAAGACCACCACCGUUAGAAAAUUUUGAACCGCAGGACGCAAAUACAUUGGAUAACUCACACCAACAUAAAUUGGAACUACCGAAGGACGACACCUCUAGAUAUGAAUCACACAUACGUCUUCCGGACAAAACCCAUUAUAAAGCGUUUACCACAGAGUUCGAUUACCAACAAGAUAAUUCAUUAACUGGCGGCUCGACUUCUAAUCAGCAAAGGUAUCAUAAUUAG